GCUGAUGCUGCUGAUGCUGAUGCUGCUGAUGCUGAUGCUGCACACUCGCCACGACAGACGACACCUGCUGCUGCUGCUGGAGCUGCUGGAGCUGCUGAUUGGUGAUUGCUGCUGUUGGUUGAGCUGUCUCCACUGCCUGCUGCUGCUGCUGCUCGUCUCUUCUCAUCCUGCUGCCGGGGGCGCAACAGCGGCAAGGGCGACCGCUCACAGCUACAGCAGACUCAGUGUUACACUGACACACACACAGGCAUGCUAUGAGCACUAUUGAUUCAUAACUGUGCACACACACAUCGCAAAGACAUACAUUACAUAGACAUUGCACGUUUACAUUACACUGCGUACACGUGCGUACACGUAACAGCACAUGGCAUGUACAUACAUGUGCAUGACAAGUCAUAUAAUACACAGACAAGACACACGCAGGCCACAUACAUUCACAUUUAACGGGCAAGAUAAACAUUACACAUGCUGGCGAGACACACACAGUGCUAAGCCACGUAGACACAUGUAAGUGUUGCACUUAGAAGAACAUCCACAAACAACACAGCAGCAGCAGCAGCACAUUGCCAGCACACGAGUAUCAGCACCACGUGCAAGGCGACGUCUUAACAGUGAAGGGAACAGGAGGCGCACACUCGGCAAAGUGACACACAGCCUGCAACAAGCAGCGACAGAGAGAGUGUGAGUGGAUCAAUGAGUGACACGGCUACAUAGGGAGCAGCAGCAGCACAAGAAGCCAACCCAGUGAGUGACCGAGACACGCACGGAGGAGGAGGGGUAGGAGACCCGGGGGAAGACGACGAGCAGUGACACAGACACACACGUGUACAGGGUGAGCAGCUAGGGUGUAGGAGACACACCGAGACCACAGCCCACCAUGCUGGACCCCUCGUCCAGCGAGGAGGAGUCCGAGGACGUGCACGACCGACCCCGGGGGGGGGACGCGGCGACCUCCUCUGCCCGGGUCCCCUCGGCCGGCCGAGCCGCCUCGUCCCGUGCCAGCGAUGCCGCCGCCGCCGCCUCCGCCGUCGUCUCCUCCGCCUCGGGGGCCGGGGGUCCAUCGGCUUCAGCCUCCUCCUCCUCCUCGUCAUCAUCGGCGGCGUCUUCUGCCGCCACCGCCGCCGCUGUCGGAGUCAUCCGGGAAGGCGGCGGCGACGACGGUGGCAGGCGCCGCGGGCCACGUGGCCGUGAGUUUGACCUCCGGGCAGGUCACGGGGUCAGCUCCCGGGGUCGCCGCCUCCAGUGCCGCGGCGGUCGCGGCGGGUCCCGGGGUCGCGGCGGGCAGCCCGAGCCCGCCGCCCUCGUCGCAGGCGUCGGGGGGAGACCGCGAGAAGGAGGAGCUGGAGCGGCUGCAGAGGGAGGACGAGGAGAAGAGGCGGCGGCUGCAGCUCUACGUGUUCGUGCUGCGGUGCAUCGCGCACCCCUUCAACGCCAAGCAGCCCACCGACAUGGCGCGGCGGCAGCAGAAGAUCAACAAACAACAGCUCCAGCAAGUGAAGGAUCGUUUCCAGUCGUUCAUCAACGGAGAGACGCAGAUCGUGGCUGACGAGGCCUUCUGUAACGCCGUGCAGAGCUACUUCGAGGUGUUCCUCAAGAGCGAGCGCGUCACACGCAUGGUGCAGGGCGGUGGCUGCUCGGCCAACGACUUCCGCGACGUCUUCAAGAAGCACAUCGAGAAGCGGGUGCGCAGCCUGCCCGAGAUCGACGGGCUGAGCAAGGAGACGGUGCUCAGCUCCUGGAUGGCCAAGUUCGACUCCAUCUACCGCGGCGAGGAGGACUCGCGCAAGCAGCCGAGCCGCAUCGCUGCCAGCGCCGCCUCGGAGCUCAUCCUCAGCAAGGAGCAGCUGUACGAGAUGUUCCAGAACAUCCUGGGCAUCAAGAAGUUUGAGCACCAGCUGCUCUACAACGCCUGCCAGCUCGACAACUCUGACGAGCAGGCAGCACAGAUCCGCCGGGAGCUGGACGGACGGCUACAGAUGGCAGAGCAAAUGGCACGGGAGCGGCGCUUCCCGCAGUUUGUCCAAAAGGAGAUGGAGAGCAUGUACAUCGAGGAGCUGAAGGCGGCCGUCAACCUCCUCAUGGCCAACCUGGAGAGCAUGCCCGUGGCCAAGGGCGGCUCCGACUUCAAGCUGCAGAAGCUGCGGCGCUCGCAGAACUCGUCCUUCAUCGACAUGGGCGAGGAGAACGAGAACCAGCUGUCCAAGUCCGACGUGGUGCUCGCCUUCAGCCUCGAGAUCGUGAUCAUGGAGGUGAUGGGACUCAAGUCGCUGGCUCCCAACCGCAUCGUCUACUGCACCAUGGAGGUGGAGGGUGGAGAGAAGCUGCAGACGGACCAGGCAGAGGCCUCCAAGCCACAAUGGGGCACGCAGGGAGACUUCACGACCACGCAUCCCCUGCCGGCCGUAAAAAUCAAGCUCUUCACGGAGAGCACGGGGGUCCUGGCCCUGGAGGACAAGGAACUGGGCAAGGUCAUCCUGCACCCCACCCCGACGAGCACCAAGUCGGCCGAAUUCCACAAGAUGGUGGUGCCCAAGAACAGCUCCGACCAGGACCUGAAGAUCAAACUCGCCGUGCGCAUGGACAAACCCCAGAACCUCAAGCACUGCGGAUACCUGUGGGCUCUGGGCAAGAACGUUUGGAAGAGGUGGAAGAAGAGGUACUUUGUCUUGGUCCAGGUGAGCCAGUACACCUUCGCCAUGUGCAGCUACCGCGAGAAAAAGACCGAGCCACAGGAGCUGAUGCAGCUCGACGGCUACACGGUGGACUACACGGAGCCGCAGCCAGGCCUGGACGGGGGCCGCUCCUUCUUCAACGCGGUGAAGGAGGGCGACACGGUGACGUUUGCGAGCGACGACGAGCAGGACCGCAUCCUCUGGGUGCAGGCCAUGUACCGCGCCACGGGGCAGUCGCACAAGCCCGUGGCGCCCACGCAGAUCCAGAAGCUCAACGCCAAGGGCGGAGGCCCCCAGAUGGACGCCCCCAUCUCCCAGUUCUACGCGGACCGUGCCCAGAAGCACGGCAUGGACGAGUUCAUCUCGGCCAACCCGUGCACCUACGACCACGGCUCGCUCUUCCAGAUGAUGCAGCGCCUCACCCUCGACCACCGACUCAACGACUCCUACUCCUGCCUGGGCUGGUUCAGUCCGGGCCAGGUGUUCGUGCUGGACGAGUACUGCGCUCGCUAUGGCGUCCGCGGCUGCCACCGCCACCUGUGCUACCUGAGCGACCUGGACGAGCGUGCCGAGCGCGGCACCAUGAUCGACCCCACGCUGCUCCACUACAGCUUCGCGUUCUGCGCGUCGCACGUCCACGGCAACAGCCAAGGAAGCGCUGAGCUUUUGCAAGCGCCCCAGGGCCAGGCCUCGGAGACGGCCGAGGGGGAGAAGUCUCCAACUCCCCCCGCGCCGGAGGGCGAGGGAGACCUCAAGCGUAAGGAGUCGAAGCGCGGCUCCCGCAAAGACGCAAAGUCUGGUGGGAAAUUUGAGCCCAAGAGGCCGGAUGGCAUCGGAACGGUGAUCGUGGACGAGAAAGAAACGUUUGAGGAGGUCAAGGAACGGCUGCGUUGCCUGCUCGAAAAUCAGAUCACACAUUUCCGGUAUUGCUUCCCAUUUGGACGACCAGAGGGGGCACUCAAGGCCACGCUUUCUCUUCUCGAGCGGGUGCUCAUGAAGGACAUCGUGACGCCCGUGCCGGCCGAGGAGGUGAAAGCGGUGAUCCAGGUGUGUCUGGAAAAGGCAGCUCUCAUCAACUACACCCGCCUCUCCGAGUACGCCAAGAUCGAAGGGAAAAAGAGGGAAAUGUAUGAACACCCAGUCUUCUGCUUGGCCUCCCAAGUGGUGAAUUUAACCAUUCCCACUCCGAAGGAUUCAGAAAACAUAGGGCAACUCGUGACUCCUGCGAAGAAACUGGAGGAUGUCAUUCACCUCGCCGAGUUGGUGAUUGACGUCCUGCAGCAGAACGAGGAGCACCAUGCUGAGGCGUUCGCGUGGUGGUCCGACCUGAUGGUGGAGCACGCCGAGACGUUCUUAUCUCUGUACGCCGUGGACAUGGACGCGGCGCUCGAGGUGCAGCCCCCGGACACGUGGGACAGCUUCCCCCUCUUCCAGCUGCUCAAUGACUACUUGCGCAACGAAGGAAACCUGUGCAAUGGCAAGUACCACAAGCACCUGCAGGAUGUGUUUGCACCCCUCGUGGUGCGCUACGUCGACCUGAUGGAGUCGUCGAUAGCGCAGUCCAUCCACAAGGGCUUUGAGCGCGAAUCCUGGGAGCCCGUCAAGAAUCUAACCAGUAACCUCCCAAACGUCAAUCUGCCAAAAGUCCCCAAUCUGCCCGUUAGCCUCCCCCAAAUGCCGCAGAUCCCGCAAAUGCCUCAAAUGCCGCAGAUCCCUAGCUUUUCAACGCCGUCGUGGAUGACGGCUCUGUAUGACCCAGACAAUGGCUCGGCCACAUCCGAGGACCUCUUCUGGAAGCUGGACGCCCUCCAGACGUUCAUCGGGGACCUGCACUGGCCCGAGGAGGAGUUCGCCAAACACCUGGAGCAGAGGCUCAAACUCAUGGCCAGUGACAUGAUCGAGUCGUCCGUCAAGAGGACGCGGGCGGCGUUCGAGGCGAAGCUGCAGAAGAUGAGCCGCUCGACGGACUUCCGCGUGACGCAGUCCAUCUGCACCAUGUUCAACGUGCUGGUGGACGCCAAGAAGCAGUCGGUGAAGCUGUGCCACAUGGAGAUCGGCCAGGAGUUUGCAAAGGAUUGGAACCAGUACCACACGAAGAUCGACGAGCUCAUCGAAGACACCGUCAAGGAGAUGAUCGCGAUGAUGAUCGGCAAGUUUGUGACGGUGCUGGAGGGCGUCCUCUCCAAGCUCGGCCGCUACGACGAGGGGACGCUCUUCUCGUCGUUCCUCUCCUUCACAAUGAAGGCUGCCUCCAAAUAUGUGGAUGUUCCAAAGCCGGGCAUGGACCUCUCCGACUCGUACAUCACGUUCGUGCGCCAGAACCAGGACAUUCUGCGCGACAAGGUCAAUGAGGAGAUGUACAUAGAAAGGUUGUUUGAUCAAUGGUACACGGCGGCGAUGGCCACGACCUGCACGUGGCUCACGGACCGCGUGGAUCUGCAGCUGCACGUCUUCCAGCUCAAGACGCUCAUCCGCAUCGUCAAGAAAAUGUUCCGCGACUUCCGGCUGCAGGGCGUGCUGGACGUGACGCUGAACAGCAAGACGUACGAGACGGUGCGCAACCGUCUGAUCGUGGAGGAGGCGACGGCGAGCGUCAACGAGGGAGGGGGCCUGGCGGGCGUCACCAUGCGCGACAGCGACGAGGAGGGAGAGGAGCACGACCAAUAAGCCCCCCACCCCCCCCCACCCGGUCCAACUUCGCCCGCACUCAAAAACUAUAACAACAACAAUAAACAUAAUUUAACAAACGCGCGACAAGACCGGUAAUAACUCGGGGCGGCGGGGGAGGGGUUGGGACUGUAGCGGGAACCGCCGGCAGAUCCACACCGGCAGAGCCACACCGGCAGAAUCACACCGGCAGAUCCACACCGGCAGAUCCACACCGGCAGAUCCACACCGGCAGAUCCACACCGGCAGAUCCACACCGGCAGAUUCACACCGGCAGAUCCACACCGGCAGAAUCACACCGGAAGAUUCAGACCGGCAGAUCCACACCGGCAGAUUCAGACCGGCAGAGCCACACCGGCAGAUUCACACCGGCAGAUUCAGACCGGCAGAUUCACACCGGCAGAGCCACACCGGCAGAUCCACACCGGCAGAUCCACACCGGCAGAAUCACACCGGCAGAUCCACACCGGCAGAGCCACACCGGCAGGAUCCACACCGGCAGAUUCACACCGGCAGAUUCACACCGGCAGAUUCAGACCGGCAGAUUCACACCGGCAGAUUCACACCGGCAGAGCCACACCGGCAGAUUCACACCGGCAGAUCCACACCGGCAGGGCCUUUUGCAAAAGCAAAGCGCUGGGGGUUUUGGAGAAAGCGAAUUGAAUUGGGGGGGGGGGGGGGAUGGAUGCGCGAGGCUACAGGGGGAUCUGGCGGAGUUUAUCCUCCCUGCUGCGGUUCGGCCCACCGGGGGCAACGUGGCCGAUGUGGGCGACACCGCGGGCACCCACAACGCGACCGCCCUCCACACCCUUGCAAGCAAUGAUUAACAAGACAGCAACAUAUACUGUCGUACGAAAUGUUGCUUUAGUUUUGUUUUAAAACGUGAAUUUAUUUUCCCAUUUUUGUCUACGAUGUGUGUUGUUGUUGUGCGGCAAACGAGCGUUCCUACGUCGCAUUUAAUGGACGCGAGUCUCUCGAAACCGGCAAACGCGGUCGGCAUUCUCUGGUGCGGGUUUGGCGUCGGGCUCUGAAAGGGACUCGCGCCGCGGGGAUCUCAGAUCGGCGCGAGAGAGACGGAGAGAGAGGGAGCGCUCGAGAGGGUUGGAGAGAGGGUUAGAGAGAGAGAGGGUUAGAGAGAGGGUUGGAGAGAGAGAGGGUUAGGGAGAGGGAGUCCAAGCAGUCGACUGGGUUCUGAAACGCUGCACGCUGACUUUGGGAGCACGCGUGCCCCGGGCCGUGCCCGUGCGGGACGCGACAUCGCCGCGGCUGUCACGUGCGUGCGUGCGCCCGCCUGAAGAGGAGUUGACUUUGAGCUCGCGAGCGAGCGAGUGGGUGAAUCCCUCGUUGUAUUCGUUUCGCUUCCUUCCUGAAACUUGACUUAUUAUUCGUUCUCGGCCUUCUGUGCCACAUCCUAGGGUCUCGCCGCUAAACGUUCCACCUUUCAACCUCAGGAUGUGAUGUUUCCUUUAUUGGUUUAACCCGAGCUUUACUCUUUUGAGACUUCUUCUUUAUACCUGCAAUAAAGUUAUCGAUCUAAAGAGCCUCUUAAACCAUAUAAUUAUAUAUUGUACUGCAUGCAUAGAAACAGAAAAUACCGAUCCCACGGCUGCAGCUUUCGUGUCUCGGGCGCUGUAUCUGUCGUGCAUGCACCGCCCCACACAGCGACCACGACGUCCCGAUGGAAGCGCCACCCUUCCAUGGCGCGGAGUGGCAGCGGCGCGCUGAGCGCAAGCCUCGCUCGGGCAGCCAAGAGGAGGAAGGGGGGUGGGGGGGAUCUCGCCACGAACCGCUCAGCCUCCGUCUUGUCUUCC